AAAAAGAAACAGAAGAAAGAAAAGCGCCCUCUCGGCAUUUUACAUCAUCGGAAGUCGAGCAUCCCUUCUGGUCCACAUGGGUCAGUGACCUGUCGGGCCUGCGGAUGAGCCUCGAGUCUGUCCCUGACCUGCCACACAACCACAAGUUACCACCACAAGUUACAACACAAGUUACAACACAAGUUACCACACAACCCCCUACCUUACCCACCCCCUUUUGGGGAAUACCCCAAUCAUGUGCCCAUCCCCUGCACUUCACCACACCACGAGAUCCAGCGCCUCCAACGCUCCAACGCUCGCUCCAACGCUCCAAUGCCCAUCCCUCGCAUCAUCUCACACGUGAAAGAGGAAGACAAACUCCAAAGUUCAACCCACUCCGUACACUUACAAGUCGAUUCCUCUCCCCCACUAGUCUCGGCAUGUUCCCACUUGAUCCCUUCCUCCUCCCCCUCCCCCCCCUUCCUCUCCCCAUCUCCCCAUCUCACCGGCACUGCCUUGUCAUAAGCGUAUUCCCAUCUGAGACUUCACUUCCUUAUCCCCGUACGACCGGCCGUCUUUAUAUUCCCACGGGCUCCUCCUCUCUAUCGGCCCCCUUCUCUGGGGCACUCUGGGUUCCGUCGAUGCGGGCCUCCUUACCAUUACUCCCACCCACUAUCCUCGCAUAUCCCGGCCUUCCCUCCUCAUCUUGAACCCUUUAUUUACCGAGUUUAGUUUUCCAUGCACUCCUUUUCGUAUAUUAGUUACCUUAGUUCCAAGUGAUGCCACCUUACUGUCUCCAAAGCU